CGUGCUCCGGUCCGGUGGCUAGCAUGAUUACCUAUUGAACCGCUACUGGUAUCCCGUCUGGGUCUUCAUGAUGACUUUGGAGGGCUCCGAGUGUCUUUUCUCUGCUUUCCUUCUUGUUCUCUUGCCCCUUUUUCCGUGAGCUUCGAGCUCCGUCCGCUGCGGGAUAAUGCUUCCGUACUCUCGAGCUAUGCUUGCGGUCAGUCGGACGGCGAGCCAUUGCACAGGACAAUGUGCGCCUCUCAUCCGAACGGCUCUCCGAUCCGGACUACUGCAAUCCCGCAGAACGGUCACCAACUUCGCCCCGAACACUAAGAUUCCCUCCCAAUCCGAUUCAGCAGGAGCUCAGCAUGCGAAGAAUGAGACCCCCUCCGUGUCCGACCAGGUCCGUCUCUUGAUGAGACGAGUCCCCUACCCUGUCGCCAUCAUCACAGCCACGGAUCCCCACGGCCCGGCAGAUAAGGCCUUCCGAGGAAUGACCGUCUCCUCCUUCAACACCGUCACCCUUAGUCCGGAGCCUGUCAUUUCAUUCAAUGUGCGCCGGCCUUCUGAGACACUCAGCGCCCUUCAAUCAUCGAAGCGCUUCCUCAUUCACCUUCUGGCCCCCCGACAAGCAACGGCUACCCUCGCUCGGGACUUUUCCAGAGGCAAUCAUAACCUGUCCCUCUUGGCCGGUAAGAGCGACUAUGAGUUCGUUUCGCAUGACCAUUCCAUUCGCGGCGAUGAAACCCCCACCAGACCACUGCCGCUGUUGCAGAGGAAGCAGGGCAGUGGGUCUGCGGACUCGGAGGACUUUCCAUUCGUGUUGGAGUGUCAACUCCAUCCACAGGGAAUACAGGUUCAUGACCAUACCAUCGUUGUGGGAACUGUCGUUCGAGCGCUGUCUGGACAGCUACCGAGUCUUGAUUCGGAAACUAAGGCUGCAGACCUUUGUCUGACUUAUGCCAAUACACAUUUUUGGGAAAUGGGCCAUGAGAUAUGAGAGGCGUCUGCCCGCCGUAUGGUUUGACCUUCUUGGAGCCGAGAUAAAUACUUUGGUGCGGGCUAAACGACAACUAAUCUCUAGAAUUAUGGUAAUUGACAUAUAUCACUUAUCUUUGUAGAAUAUACUUCACAUCGUGGGCUUUACAAGAACCUCGUUGGCAAUGUCUUCGUUGUAUGUCCAUAGAAAC